AUGAUGACGUUGAUCGAGACAUCUACACUCCAUUCUGAACGGGUAUUCCCAACCACGAAGCCAAUCGAGCAUGCGGUGCCACUCUCCCUCUUGGAUGCUACUACAGCAGACUUUGCUUGUACAUGUCCGAUCUGGCUUUUCGAGCGACCCGACAAAGCUGAUGACGAAUUCGAUUUGGCAGAGCAUUUUCGCCGGUCUCUGCGCAUCACACUUGACGCCUAUCCUCACUGGGCUGGGCAACUAAAGAGUAUAUCUACUUUGGAUCCGACCGAGUUGAAACCGGAAGAGCUUCGCUUUCCUAUUCAUGCACGUCGCUUUGGUCGAAUUUACUCGCAUUAUGGUACAUCGGAAGAUCCUGGAAUCGAGUUCGUGACUGCGACAUCCAACGAUACUCUCGAAACGCUGUCUCCAGCAUCACGGACGACAGAAUACCCUAUAUUUGACCGUGGAAAGACAUCACUUAACGGACUUGUUCCUUCUCUACGUCUAGCCAACUCUCUGGGGCCUAAUGUCGUCAACGAAGCCGGCAUCUUACCACCCAUCAUGGCGAUCCAGCUGACGACACUGGCUUGUGGUGGCUUUGCGUUGGCAACUAAGAAUCUGCAUCCUUUGGCUGAUAUCCAGUCCGUCAUUUACUUUGUCAAAGAUUGGACAAAAAUCAGUCAAUGGGUCCUUUCAGGGUCGUCGUUUCCCAAGCCGCAGUUGAAUCCACUAUUUGACCCGGCACGCCUGGACUCAAUGGCCGCGGGGGACAUCAAUCAUACACAUCCCGAUCCAGCCACUAUUGCCAAAGCUCUGAAUCUGCCUAUGCACCGGUAUGACUGGUGGUCCACGCCAGCUCUAUGUCCCUGGCCUCAGGAAAUUCCCGAGCCAUUCCGAAACCAGGAGCACACGCCGGUCGGUCCGGACAUGCCCUGGUCAGAAUGGGACUUCAAGGCCCCUGUUUCCCAUUAUCUGGUUCAUCUGAAUCGUAGCCAGGUGGACCAGAUCUAUGAAGCUACUAUCAAAAGAACCUGUAACGACUCUAGCGACAGUCGAAUCAGUCGUCACGAUGCCGUCCUAGCUCAUAUUUGGUCCUGUAUCACUCGAGCCCGUCAACUAGGAGAAGAUACCGGCCUGGUCCAUUGCGACCUCGCCUACGGAACACGCCCCGUCCUUGGCCUUGGAGAAAACUUCAUUGGCUCACCAUCCUUGAUGAUGAAUAUCGAGAUGACGGGCGUGGAAAUGACUUCUCCUAAUAUCCCAGAGCAGCAGCGGAGGCUCUCGAUCGCGCGACGCAUUCGCGAUACUGUCAACCGAAUCGGUGACAAGGCCGCUCUUGGUGCGCAUUUGCAUAGUUUGGCGUAUGAGAAGACGCCGCAACGAAUUUGGCAGGGUUUUCUCGGUCGGCGCCAUCUUAUUGUGACUACGUGGGCUCGUGCGGGUUUGUAUGAGAUUGAUUUUGGGUUGAGCUCGUAUCCUGGUAUUCGGUAUGCCGAGGGUGUGUUGCCGACGCUGGAUGGGGAUGUGUUGAUUAAGGAUGCACCGCCAUCAGGAGAUCAAGAUGGAUCGUCGGAUGCGAAGAGCUGGAUUGAUUAUGGGGUGGAUGUAUCGCUUCAUCUUCGGACGGAGGAUAUGGAGCGGCUGAUUCGGGAUCCGUUGUUUCUUCCAUGA